CAUCACCAUCUCCUCGUCAGUCCUACACUGUCAUUCACUACGCUGAGUGCUCCCACUGGCCAGUAAUACUAACAAACUUUACAUUCCCAUCCAUCUUCACUCUCCCAAAACAAAACAUCCACAACUGUAUUCACACAACUUACGAUAUACACAAAUCUACACUCAUUAAGCAGCAAUCUCCACUCUCAGAGUCGCAUACUCAGGUUUCUUCCACUAAACGAAGUUUAAAUUCACUCAUCACACAAACCUGCUUCCUAUUUAAAAAAAAAAAAAAAAAAUUCCCACCGCCAUUACAACUUAAAACCUCGUGCCAGUUUUGUAUAUGUGAGAUGCAACGACUAUUAAUAUUAUUGCUGUGGAGAUAUUAGAGAAAAUACAAGAAUUAACCCAAGUGUGACCAGGAUUUAAGCCUAGUACUGGAAGCAACAGCCUCGUUGACUAACACAAUUCAACUAAAACCAGAACCAUGCGGGCGUGUGUGUGGGUGGCAGUAGUGUUGGUGUGGGCGUGCGAAGGCGUGUGGGCGCUCCCAGAGGCUGCUCCACACCCGGACGCAGAAGCAGAAGCAGAUCCUGCCAGAGGAAAAAGACAGCUGUUGCCCCUGGGCAGCAUGUUGCACCACAUGAGACACUCACUCAGCACGGGACUAUACACUCUGGGGUCCACAUUCGACCAACACUUCGUGCCUGGGGUACGCUACGCUGCCGAACGCAUCACAGAAGACGUCGCCCCCAGCAUUGGCAAGGCCAUCUUAAAAGCUAGCAACAAGGUGGCGCUCAAGACCGCAGAGAGCCUGCAGGCCACGGCGCAGGUGGUCACCACCCGCAUUGUGCCGGCUAUAGAGGACCGCCUGGUGGAGAUGAGCAACGCAGCCGUUCCCUACAUCAACCGUGGCAUUGAUGCCUUAGAGAAGGGCAUCCAGCGUGGCGCUCAGGUGGUCUCCAGAUCGACGGCCAAAGGCAUCGACAAGCUGGGGUCGAGGGUGCUGGGGGAGCGACGCCACAAGCGUGUCAAGAACAUUGCUAAUAACAUCCAAGGCGGCAUCAGUAGUAGUAUUAACACACUAGCUAGUGCUAUUAGCCGCUUCAACUCACCCCAACAUGCUGACACAGACCAAAACACUAACGACUACCACGACUACGUAAUGUCCCAGUAUGACUAUAACCAGGACCAAUACCCCCAGUACGGUGACAGUGUGUACUCAACACAAUACAACUCUCCCCCAGUGAGAACGGUGGGGGAGGCGCUAACACACAUGGUCGACAAUACUGCCUACGAAAUUUCGACACGUCUCAUAGGACAAAAUCUGACUGAAGCAAUGGCACCGCUGGCCAAAUCCGUUUCUAACACGGUGGGACAAACUUUCCCUGCAGUCUCCUUCGGUGACGGUCGUAUAGUGAUCGACCUGCCAGGGUCGGAGACGGAGAGCGACUCGCUGCGGAAGUGCACUACACCGGCGGGAGAGCAAGGUUACUGCAUGGACCUCAGCGACUGUCCUGACCUUAUCCUCGACCUCACUAACCUCCGCAAGUCCGUCUGUUUCAAGAGCCUCUUCGUGCCUGGCGUCUGCUGCCCCGCCUCCGGUCUCGAUAUCAAGCCAGAGAAGACCAGCACCCCAACACCACCAGUCUCCCUCACCACCCGCCCUCCUCCUCCUGUCGAGGGAAGCACAAAGAGGCCUCCAGUUCAACCUCUGACUGAGUCUCCUGGACCAGACUCCACCACCUUCCAGUGUGGCAUCCCCAGGGUCCCGACCUUCAGGGUGGUGGGUGGAGAGGAGUCUCGACGUGGUCAGUGGCCCUGGAUGGCUGCCAUAUGGCUUCAUGGACCCAAGAAGACAGAGUUCUGGUGUGGUGGGUCCUUGGUGUCGCGCCAGUACGUCCUCACUGCUGCUCACUGUACCAAGGAUUCCAGAGGAAAGACGUUCGACCCACAACAGUUUAGUGUUCGUCUGGGAGACCAUAACAUCUUCAGUGAGAGUGACGACUUCAUCUCUAGCCCUCAGACGUACAGGUAAGUCUCACAGACGUACAGGUAAGUCUCACAGACGUACAGGUAAGUCUCA